GUAAGAGGACCCGCCCUGUGAAAGUCCUGCGCUCAGGGCAGGAGGAACAGACCAGGGUGGCAGUAGAAAUGUGGCCCGACAGGUCUGAUGGGAACACAGAGACGCACAGAGAAAGUCAAAAAGCCUGUCAGCCAGGUGGAUUCAGGAGCAGUCUUGCUGGAAUUACGAUAAUGACAUAGUUGUGUUUGUGUUACUGAGCACCUGAUCGUUUCACUGACUGAGAGGAAACCUUUGGGCCACUGUGGACUCCCACCACCACCGCCACCACCACCAGACUUGACAGAGUGGAAUUUCCCCUCCUCUUCCCUGGCUGGAGCCGGGGGCAGAUGGUCGCUCCGAGAGUUUAAGCAGAACUCAGGAAGGAGAGUGAGAGGAAGGGUGGGAGGAGGUUCGGAGAGGGAGAGGAAGACAAGCGAGGAGUAGACAGAAGAGGAAUCAUGCUUCGCUACGGUUCAGGACGAACUGUUUCCACCAUCACCACAACAGAGGACUCUCCAGAGUCUUCAAGUGAGAGGAGGAUCAGACGUCUCAGGUUAACUCUACAUGCAGGAGAUCAUGGAAACAAGGAGCAGCAAACUGCAAACUCAGACACAGCUGAGAAAGAGAAGGAUGUCAAUGGGGCAUGGAAGAAGAAGAAUGGGCUGAUCCAAAGAGAGAGGCCAGCUGGCAGGGAGUCACCUCAUCAGCACCCCAGAGACAUGACCAAUGGGGCGCCAGAGACCUCGCUGCAGCAACAUGGGCCCAAAGUGUACGGCGUUGUGCAGAGGACGAGCUCGGACAGACAGCAGGAGGUGAUGGCACGUGAGUGGACGGUCAAUCACCUUCAGGAUGAGAUGAAGUACAUCAAGGAGGUGAGAGAUUCUUUGGAAAAGGUGAGAGAGCGUAUGUACGGGCAGUUUGGAGGAAUGCAGCAAUCAAUGCAGAAGCUUUCACAGGAAAUCAGGGCUGCCAAUUCAAAUCGGAGGAGUCUGGAGUCGGAGGUGAAGAUCCGGACGUCAGCCAUGGAGAGCUUCGAUCAGAUGAACAGCUCCCUUAUAUCUGCUAACAUCAGCCUGCAGAAAUCCCUCCUGGAGAACUGUCAGAACAGAAUGGACAGGAGAGAUGAGUUGAAGAGUUUGCGGAGCACCUGUGAGAAAACACAAGAAAAACUCAGAGACAAGGAGAGGGAACUGGCUGCCGCACAGGCUGAAAACCAGACUUUGAGGCUACAGGUGGAGUCUUCUCGGGAGGCCAACACUCAAGCGCUGCAGGAGCUCUCUGCAAAGCUGCAACAGGAGUACGAGGAAAAGUUGCUAGAGGAACAACGGAAACACAGGGAGGAGAUUGAAAACCUACAGGCCCAACUCGAUGAGUACAUCAGGCGACUAGAGGAAGCAGAGAGUAACAUCAGGAUUGCCGAGGCCAAGAUUGCUGAACGGGACCAGAGGAUUAUUGAAGUGGAGCGUCUACUGGACUGUAUGGACAAGGAAAAGAGUCAACUCCAAAAGAAGCUGCAGGACAGUGAACAGCGUCUCCACAUGAUGGCGCAGACAGACCAAACUGAUGCAACUGUAGCCAAAAGGUCCAAAGAGCUGCAAUCUCAAACUGUGGAUCUCCGUGAGAGGAUCAAACACUUGAACGACAUGGUGUUCUGCCAGCAGAGGAAAGUCAAAGGAAUGAUUGAGGAGGUUGAAUCACUGCGAGCUCAAGUCGCUCAGAAGGAUAUGUUCAUCUCGGAGCUUCUGGACAGAAUUGCAAUAGUGGAGUGCGAGAAUAAUGAAUUAGACGACAAGCUGAAGUAUUUUAUGUCCACACAGAAUAGGCCGAGAGAAUUUCUGGAAAUCAGGGAGAUAGGAGUAGGCUGUGAUCUGCUCCACAGACAUGAAGCACAGAGGCAUGAUGUUGAACCUCCUGUUCAACGUGAACCAACUCAUCGCCAUCCCAUACAACAUCUGCCACCUUCUCAUCCUCCAUCACCACUGAAACUUCCACCAAUCACUGAACCUACAUCUCCCACUGAACUUCCAUCUCCCACUGAACCACCAUCUCCCACUGAACCUCCAUCACCCACUGAGCCUCCAUCACCCACUGAGCCUCCAUCACCCACACAACCUCCAUCCCCUCCCAGUCAACAUCCAUUCCUCUACCUAACAAGACCCACCCAACCAAGGACGUUCCAUUCUAAUAACCUUCCACCCAGCAGGCUGGAGUCCAGUUUACUGAGGUACACUCCUAUCCAGUACACCCGCUUCCUGCAGUCCAGCCCCUUACCGAGCGGGACAUUCCCCUAUACCCAUCCGUCUGAAUCGGAGCCUGCAGACCGGUCCGGCAGAGAUGAGGUGGAUGCAGAAACAAACACACGAUCAAGUACAGAGGAAUCCACUUCAUCCCUGUCCUCUUCUCAACCAAGAUCAAGAGCCCCGCAAGUUUGUACACCUUUCAUGAAACUCAUGGAAGUAACAGCAAAGAUAAACAUAGAGAGAUCUCUAACAGGGAUGUCCUCGUCGCGGACAGAGCGCCAGGGAGAGGUGGGAGACCUGAGAGUCCAAAGAAAAGAAGAGCUCCAAGAACUGCUCCAGAGACAGGAAAAGAUACUUUCUAACAAGAGGUUGUUACAGACUCUUCCUGACAAAGGGAAAAAGAUAAAAGAAUUUACAGAGAAAGUGCGCCUUGCCAUCGAGCACAAAGAUGAAGAGGAGAGGAGACAGAGCUUGGUGUUUGCUGCCAGGACAGAGUUACAAUCAAAGUACCAGCAGGCCUUCACUAUGCAACGAUGUGCUAUCAACACACCAGCAGCCCCACACCAAAACAUGCAAAAUGAGGCUGCUGCAGACAAUGCAAUGCAGGACACCUCACCUGUCUCAGCUGAUGUGCAGGAAAACAACACUUUGGACAAGGAACAGGACCCGUUUGUCUCCAAAACGGCUGCUGGUGAAACCAUGGAGACGGCCGCUGCUGGGGCCUCUCUGAACUGUGAUGAGAUAAAAGAGACUGACCUUGUGGAGGCCUUGGAAAGGGUCAGACUGUCUGAAACUAGUGCUGGUUUCAGUAGCGAGUCCAAAGAUUCAUUUAACAGCACAGCAAGAGACAACUACUUUCUCAGAAAGCAGAUACGAAAACAGCCUCACUAUGUAACUGUCCUGGAAGAAACUGAGAGCACUCCCAGGAAGCAAAAAUUCAAACCAAAUCAGCUGCCCCACCGAAAUGACACCCCUCUAUCAGGAUCCUCAUCACCCAGCCAGUCUUCUGAAGGCUCAUCACCGCUCUCUGCACAGACCAGGAAGGAGAGGGACAGAAAACACCUGGAUGACAUCACAGCAGCCAGACUCCCUCCUCUUCACCACAAUCCGGCCCAGCUUCUAUCUCUGGAAGAGUCGGCCGUCCUCCUGGAGGAGCAAACCAAGAAGCAGCACGAGUUGCAGGCCAAGCUGGCAGCCCAGAAACUGUCUGAGGGAUUGAAGCUCUCUAUGGGGAGCUACACUCCUGACCGUGGCCCCAUGGCUGCCUACAGAGAGGUUCACGAUGAAGGAGCCCAGCUCUCCUCAGAGGAGGACUGA